AUGGCCGUAAGCAAAGAGUUUGGAGGGAUAUUGGCUUCCUAUAGCUGGGUGUCAGAGAGGGGUUGUAGGUCCCCGGGCCCAGUUUGGGUGCUGAAAGGCGGACUGCCCACCUCCAUGUCGAUGCCCAGCAGCUGGGGGGGGGGCCUGCUGAAGGUCCCAGGCCGUGCUAAUCUGACCCUCUGCCGUAACUCCGCUCCCCGAGGUCCUAGAGAAUCGGCGAUAGUACCGUUGGAUGCGGGAUUGCCAAAUAUCUUUUCAUUUUUUUCAGACCUCCCAUCAGAAUCAAACACAUACAAUAACGAGGUACUCCAGAUUGUGAUGGUGGGGAAAACCGGAGCUGGGAAGAGCGCCACAGGAAACACCAUUCUGGGAAAAGAGUACUUUAAAUCAGAGUUCUCUUUUAAAUCCAUGACUGUAAACUGUUCUAAUGCCUUUGGUGAAGUUGAUGGACAAAGAGUUAAGGUUAUUGACACUCCUGGUCUGUUUGACACCAUGAUUGAUGAAAAGAAGACCAGAAAAGAUGUUGGCCAGAGCAUUUCUUAUGCUUCUCCUGGACCCCAUAUCUUCCUGGUCGUCAUCAAACUGGGCAGAUUCACAGAGGAAGAAAAGCAGACAGUUCAGAAGAUUCAGGAAAUCUUUGGAGAGCAAGCAGACAGAUACAGCAUGGUCCUCUUUACCCACGGUGAUCUGCUCGAAGACCAACCUAAAAAGGAAAGUGAAGAGCUGCAGGAACUUGUGAACAGAUGUAACAGGCAGUACCACGUCUUCAAUAAUAAGGUGAAGGAUCGUUCUCAGGUCAGAGAGCUGCUCGACAAGAUCAGAAAUAUAACAGAGAAGAACGAAGGAAGCCAUUACACCAAUGAAAUGUUCCAGGAGGCAGAGAGGGAGCUAGAAGAGGAAAAACAGAGAAUCCUUAAAGAGAGAGAAGAGGAAAUACGCAAAAAGGAAGAGGAAAUGGAAAAGAGAUUAGAUAAAAAGCAUGAGGAACAAUUUAAGAAAAUCAAAGAGGAUAGGGAGAGGUCAGCAAGGCAGAUGGAAGCUCAUGAAAUAAAAAUGGAGGAGGAGAUGAGGAGAAUAAGAGAAGAGGAGGCAAGGCUGAGAGAAGCUUACAAAAGAGAAAUGGAGGAGGAAAAGGGGAGAAUAAGAGAAGAGGAGGCAAGGAAAGCCAGGAAGGAAGCUGAGGACAGCACUAAAAUAAUUGACAUAAUUUGGACCGUUGCGAGAGAAGGUUUCCAUGAUACAGUCUGA